UCCCAAGCAUGGAGUUUCUGCCAGCUCCACAGCAUCCCCCAGGGCCCCCAGCCAUGGACUUGGAGGAGCCCAAAGGCCCUGAAGCGCCCUCUGAGGACCACCCCUCCAGCGCCCAGUGGGCCUCAGGAUCUGGAGGCCCUGUCACCCCGAGCGAGAUGGAGCUGGACACAUCCGGCAUGGGGGAGCUGGUCCAUCAGCUGGAAGCUCUGCCCGGCGACCUGGGUGGCCCAUUCCAGGAAGGAACUCCCUGCCCUCUGCACAUCGCCACCGGCCAAGGCCUGGCCACCCAGGAGAGUGCGGAUGUUGGUGGGCUCCUGUCGGCCGAGGCCGGCGGGGACGACCUUCUGGGUCUGCUGAGAUGUGAGGCGUCUUUGCCUGCCCAGCCAGGUGCCCCAGAUCCUCCACAGACCGCACCCCGCCUGCUGCAGCCACCUGAGGACCCAGCUGGAGACCCUGGGUCCCCCGGGUGGAUGGAGGGGGCCUCGGCAGAGCCAGCAGACAGCAGGAGUUCCAGCAGCUCCCCAGAACCCUGGCUGGAGACCGCACCCCUGGUGACACAGCGGGAAUCGCCUGUGGAUAUCCAGAACCCCGACACCCUGGCCUCGUGCCCUGCUGUCACCGAGGUUCCAGGUCCCUGUGGACCAGAGGAGCUCAUGGACGGCGUCAUCUUCGGAGCGAAAUAUCUGGGCUCUACCCAGCUGCUGUCAGAACGCAGCCCACCGCCCAGCACGCGCAUGGCGCAGGCACAGGAGGCCAUGGACCGGGUCAAGGCCCCUGAAGGUGAGACCCAGCCCAUGGCGGAGGUGGACAUCUUCAUCUCCACUAAGCGGGUCAAGGUGCUGGCUGCUGACUCCCAGGAUGCCCUGAUGGACCACGCACUACCGACCAUUUCCUACAUCGCGGACAUCGGGCCUGUGCUGGUUGUGAUGGCCCGGAGGCGGCUGGCCAGGAGGACCACGCCCCAGGACCGGCAGCGGAAGCUCUACAAGAUGCUGUGUCACGUCUUCCACUCAGAGGAUGCCCGGCUCAUUGCGCAGGCCAUCGGCCAGGCCUUCAGCAUCGCCUACAGCCAGUUCCUGCAGGAGAACGGGAUCGACCCCAGCCAGGUGGGCAUGCAGCCCUCAGAGGCCGCCAAUCACCCGCACAAUGGCGACCUAGACCACUUCUGCAACAGCCAGAACUGCAGGGAGGUCUGCAUCCAGAAGCGACCUGGUGAGAGCCUGGGUGUCGCCCUGGUUGAAUCCGGCUGGGGCUCGCUGCUGCCCACUGCGGUCAUCGCCAACUUGCUCCACGGCGGCCCUGCUGAGCGCUGCGGUGCCCUGAGCAUCGGGGACCGGGUCACUGCCAUCAAUGGGACCAGCCUGGUGGGGCUGUCGCUAGCCGCUUGCCAGGCAGCUGUGCGUGAGGUUCGGCGACACUCAUCGGUGACACUGAGUAUCAUCCACUGCCCACCAGUCACCACGGCAGUUAUUCACCGGCCUCACAUCCGCGAGCAGCUGGGCUUCUGCGUGGAGGAUGGCAUCAUCUGCAGCCUGCUGCGUGGGGGCGCAGCCGAGCGUGGGGGUGUCCGUGUGGGACACCGCAUCAUUGAGGUCAAUGGGCAGAGUGUGGUGGCCAUGCCCCAUGCUCGCAUCAUCCAGCUCCUCACAGAGGCGCGAGAGAUCCACAUCAAGACCAUGCCAGCUGCCACCUACCGGCUGCUCACGGGGCAAGAACAGCCGGUGUACCUAUGACGCCCCGCCCACAUGUGCCUUUGUCACUGCCACUGCCACCCCUGGGCCAUCUGGGACCCCAGAGCCCUCGGCUUUGUAUUAUUUUCUAAUGUUAAAAAAAAAAAAAAAAAAUUAAAGA